AUGCCCGACUACAGAAAAGGAGAAAAAGUCCGCUACAAGCCUGUCGGAGGCCCCGAGUCUAAAACCUCCGAGGCUGUCGGCAUCAUCCGCGAGGUUGCCACUGAACCGACUCAAAUGACGGGUCGCAAUGUAGCUGCUUCGGACGAAGAGCCACGGUACACGGUGAGCUACUACUUCAUUCAGUGUGUUGCUGGCGGAGCUAACUGGGGGGGGGAAAGAUUGAGAAUGCUCGUACGCAUAAGCAAUCGGCUAUCAAAGAGUCCAAUAUCUUGGGCCCUGAAGAGUAGGAUUGUUGCUGGUCGAGGAUGGCUGGAUAGACGAGGGAGAGGGGAGAGAGCAAUGGUGUGUUUCUGGUCGAUGAAAUGA